AUGAGAUCCUCCACCGUUAGCCUUGUCUUUGCCGUUAUUCUGGCUUUCUUCACCCUUUCUGGGGUGAUUGAUGUCCGCAGCAGCGCUCAACAGCAGAGCAUGGCGUCAACAACCCUCUCCUCAAGCCUCGAUGUCCCUACUGAAUUUGGCAUCACCACUAUCGAUGGCUCUCCUGAGCUUGAGCCUCCCUUUGCUUUUACCAGCUCUCUCUUUGGCGAUGUUAGCCGCUGGACGAUCGACAUUGAAUCUGGCACUGGAGACAAGGAAACUAUGAGUUCUGAGUCUAAGACAGCUCAACCAGAGUAUGACCAGGCUGAAGACAUGUUGGAUAACUUAAUUGCAAAUAUCCUCCAGCAUAUCGCAACAUCUGUUGAACCCCCCUUCAAUCGCGCGGCCCUGAUCCUUGCUAUCAUCACUAUCCUCACGCUAUUUAAGACCCGAAUCAUGGCAUUCUUAAACUUUACAAACAACUGGAGCAAGAAGACCCUGAAAGUCGAACUCGGCCAGCCGGAACCAGAGGGCUGUCACAGUUGCCUCAGGGCUAUCGCAAAGUUUAUCUCUUGGAUUGAUCUCGCUACGCUGCCUUUCCAAAUUGACUCGGCCCAUGAGAAGCUUUUGAAAGACAACCGAAUGGAAAUCGUGCAGUUGAACGUUACCAUUGCCCAGAUGCAGGCCGAAAUCGACAGAUUGACAAAUGCUGUCAAGGAGAAGGAAAAGGAGAUCAAAGCGACGACGCAGACAACCAAAGACCGACAGGACGCUGAAUUGGGGCUUAUGGACAAUCUAGAAGUCAGACUCAACAACAUGCGUACAAUCAUCCGUCGACAGCCUCCGUGGAAAACAUCUUAG